AUGUACAUUAAGACCUAUUUACGGCGGUCAAUUCUGAUUAUUUUGUAUUUGACGAUUGAAGCACAUUGUCGCUUUGAAUUUACAAACGUAAAUUGCACUGCUUAUGGCAAGGACAUUAUUGAGUUUGAGUAUUGCUACUUAAAAUCUAUAAACCGCACCUACAAGUAUUUAUCUGGGAAAGCUAAACUAAUUGAAAUCCCCUUUGCAAAUUUCUCGGUAAACUUAGUCAUGUGGAAACGCUUUAAUGGAUACCGACCCUUCCUUUACAAUACAACAGUGAAUGGAUGCAAAUUCUUGGAAAACCCAAAGUCAAAUAUCGUUGCCAAAUUUAUUUACGACUCCUUCGUGCCAUAUUGCAACAUUAACCACUCUUGUCCUUUUAUGAACGACCUAGUCUUGGACAAGUUACCCGUCGAAUUUUUGAAUCAUCGAGUGACUAAAAUUCUUCCAUUGCCCGAAGGUGAUUACCUCUUUGAGUUUCGAUGGAUUCAUUUCAAGAAUGUUUUUGCAAACGUUAAAAUUUAUUUUAACCUUUCCUGA